ACUGUUGGGGCGAACCUUUAAUGGGUUGCACGAGAUAUCCACAGCUCCAACUGUUUCUGCCUCAACUACCUUGAAUAGCUGUUUAAGCUUGAGCAUUCCAGAUUCAAAUGUUGUAAACAUGGAGGACCAAGAAAAGGAAAAGAAAGCUUGUGUCCAGAAGCUGGACUAUAAUGCUCCACUUCUGUCGACCCGGCGUCCCAGCUGUUUACGGUUGUCGUGGAGCCGGCAAUGCUUGGCCCGGGAUACGAAAGACAGGGUGCCGUUCUCUUGGGAGCAAACGCCCGGGAAGCCCAAGGACUUGGAAGCAAAUGACAGCCGUGCCAUGGAUGUGCCGCCCCCGAAACUCCCACCUGGGAGGCAGCAGCCCAUGAAACAGACCCUGGAACCAUGCCACGUCGAUGAGGAUGGUUGCAAUGGUGAUGAUGAUGAUAAUGGCGACGAUGACGUUUUCUCAGAUGCCAUUGACGUGUUCUCGCUAUCGGAAUCCGUUGACGUGCCAGAGGUAGAGGCGUGCAGUGGCGGCGGCCAUCAGUCAAGUUUCAUGAUCCAGCGGUUUCUUACAGAUGCAAAUGAAUUGGCGGCUGCUUCAUCGGCUGCUUUAGCUAUUUCAAAGAAGUUGAAUAAGAACCCUACUCGGGAAAGGAAUAAUAGUUAUAGGCGUGGAUCUGUUCCAAAGGCAGUGGACCAAUCUUACACUUCACCACAAGGCUGUGGAGUGGACAUCUUCUUGCCAUGGUGGCUGAAGCUCAAACCGUGCGGCCUGAAAAGGCCAGUCCGGCAAGCGUCUCUGAGCGUGAAGCCUCAAUGGGAUGCAACAAGGAAGAAGAAGGGUUAAUUGGCCACAGGUGAAUUGAGCCAUAAAUUGGCGGCUAUAUCUGCAUAGGAUAGGACCGUGAUAUGAAAUGAAAUAAUCGUUUUAUGACGUCAGUCAAAUGCGAAUUCACUUUUUGGUAGGGGCAGGGCAGCAGGGUAAAUGCAUUUUACCCACCCACUUGUUUGAUGGAAUUAAAAAUCAUUAUCCAUUUAGUAGAAUGAAUGAAUGAAUGAAUGAUCUUGCCACUUCAUCCA